AUGGAGCUGAAGGUCUGGGUGGACGGGAUCCAGAGGGUCGUCUGCGGUGUCUCGGAGCAAACCACCUGCCAAGAAGUGGUCAUCUGCGGGCAGUACGCCAACGUUGUGCAGUCCAUCCUGCGGCGGACAGGGCCAAGCGUGGCCGAGCGGCCCUCCUCGGAAGGCGCUCCCCAGGUCCCCGAGAGGACGUUCAUCCGGGCCAGCUUGCCCAUCAAGCCCAGGCCCGCCGGCACAGAUGCACCCCGUUCCCGGGAGCCGAAAAAAUCCAUGACUUUCAACUUGGGCCCUACAGGCUCCAGUGACCCGUUCGCUGUGAGCCGCUGGAGGCACCAAGCACGGGAAGCGAUGGACUUGGAGGGAGGUGGGGUUGUCCAGCCCUCCAAGGAGGAGCUAUUUAGGAGAGUUCUGCGGCAGGAGGAGGAGCUGCAUGAGUGUGAGCGGGAGCGUCAGGAGCGGGUUAGGAGCCUGCGGGCCAGCCUGGAGGAGUACACCCAGAGGAUCUAUGAGCUAAGUGCCCGGACUGAAGCCCUGCAGGAGGAGAUCCAGUGGGAGAUGGCCGAGAGGGCAAAGAGGGGGAAGGAGACCCCUGUGCCCAGCCCCACAGAGCUGGAGGACAUGGCCGCCAAGAUGAAGAGGGACCUGGAGGCCAAGGUCAAGCAAGGCACCCAGCUGGAGAGCAACCUGGCCAGCGUGGAGAAGGCCCUGGAGGAAGCUGAAAGGAACCUGCAGGCCCAGACCCAAGAGCUGGAGGAGUUAAAUAAGGAGCUGAGGCAGUGUAAUUUGCAGCAGUUUAUUCAGCAGACGGGGGCCACGGUGACUGUCCUGCAGGCCAGGUCCGAGGAGGACGCCCAGCCGGAGCCGAGCCCGCGCGAGCUGCCAGCCUGCCGGAGACACGGAGGUUUUCCUCCCACUGCCGGCACCGAGUCGCCUCCCCGGGCCAGCACCAAGCAGCUCCUCGGCCAUCCCAGGACCCUGCCAGAGCCCCUGGUGUCCAGCUUGAACCCCGAGGUUAUAACAACCAGGCAGAGCAUCUGGAGGUAGAAGGCCCUGGCCAGCGGAGGAUUGAUUGCCUUGCAAGUGUAACUGUAUAAAUAAACCAUAUUAUAUAUAUAU